UCGUCUGUCCACUUUCACGCCUCCAGCACUGUAGAUGGCAGUAGCGUGCCACGCGUCGCUAUAGAAAUGCUAGGCUGGGGUCCCGUAGGCUUAAUAAGGUCCUGUUCGCGUUUACACUCCUUUACCGCACAUCAUGAACUGUAUCUUUUUGUCGUGGUCUCGUUAAACUGUUAAACCGGGACGCGUGUUUGAGCGCCGAUCGAUGUGAGCGAGCGUUCUGCGUUUGACGCGAAUCGCGCGGUAGCGGGGUUAACGCCGUCUGACAGGCGGCUGUUGGAUAGCAGUGUGGUGGGUACAGUGGAGGCACGGAAGGCUAGUUGGUGUUAUUUGGUGUUUCCCUAAAGCAGCUCGUUGUAUAACGUCACUCCUACGUCGCUAUAUGAACGGCAGACGGCAUAAAUUGUGCGAAUAGUGGUUGUAGCUAAGCUAGCAAACGUUACACUGACGUAGUAGAGCCGUUGCUAGCUAACCUAGAUAACGUUAGCUGCGGUAACUAAGGGGGGGGGGGAGCUUGUUUAGCCGUCGCGGUAAAACAAAGUUCUCUAGUUCUUCUUACAGAAACACUCCUGUCGUGCUUAUUUUAGCGAUAAAGUGGUCACACGAAAGUGUUAGCUCGUCUCAACAACACCCAACACCUUUUGUGAACAGACUGGAUUACCUCAGCGGCGCUGUGAGGGAGAAGGGAAUGUAAAAAAAAAACCUUGUACAAAACGGCUUUUCUGGACAAACUCCUGCUUUACUAAGCUGCCAUGUCUUCGGAGUUAACCAUUGACAUUCAGCUUACAGAGUUGGGCUUCUCAAGUUGGGACUUUCAGCUGUUGAAGCAGAAGGAGACACCUCAGACAAAUGGCUCUGCUUCAGUCCUCGAAGCCACUGCUGCACCUUCUGCACCAUCCCCAUCCCCCGCUGUGGAAAGCCAUGUGGAUGAGGAAACGAACGUUUCAGUGGGCCAGGAAUGCCAUGACGGCUCUUCCAGCGAUCAAGACUCUGAGAGCGAUGCUGAUCAAAUUCAGACGGAUUCUGUAGCAGUGCCCGCAGGGAGUAAUGACCCACACGUAGGACCAAACACGAGAGAGGGGACUGAAUAUGACGAGGAAGAUGACACAGUAGUUGAGGAAGAUGGGGAUGGGGAGCAGAGAGAUGUAAGGAGAACAGAUGGGAGCUGGGAGAUUGACGUUGCUGUCUAUGAUGAGGAAAAUGAAGAUGACAGUAACUUGACAGAAGAUAAUGACGAUGAUGCCUCCUCAGACACAAAUGUCUCAGAAGAGCAUCGCUGCCAUGUCUGUGCCCUCACCUUUUCCACACCUUUCCUGCUCCGUGAGCAUUUGCAUGUGCAUACAGGUGUGCGUCCUUACUGCUGUGCUGAAUGCGGCAAGCAGUUCUGCCACCUAGUGAACUACCGUGCGCAUCUGCGUUCCCAUUCUACUUUCUACUGCCUCAUAUGCAGAGCCAGAUUCGCAACACAGGAGCUACUGCAGAGUCAUCUCGAUACCAACCACUUUGAGAAGGAGUUUUACCAGUGCGAUUUCUGCAAGCGCAUUUUUGUCAACCUGGACGAGUGUAAGGAGCAUGUGCAGGCACACAAGGAAGAAGUAGGAAGCUAUCCAUGCCCCCAGUGUGACCGCAGUUUCCACCAUCGAUCCUCUCUGCUUUGCCACCUUAAGUGGCACAAGAAAAGCGCUUUAAUCUGCACCGACUGCGGCCAGGCAUUCACUAAGAAAAUCGCCCUCCUGCGCCACAGCUUUGUUCACCUGGGACUUCUGCCGUACACCUGCGUGCACUGCAAGCGGCACUUCCGCCUGGCGUCACUGUACCACAAACACGAGUGUAAGCCGGAGCACAUUCAGUGUGUAGCUUGUCUAGUUGUCUUCCGAAGUCAAGAUGACUUUGAGAAGCACAAGAAAGAUACUGGUUGCUGGGGUCAUCAGAUGGCCUCGCCUGCAAAAACAAAUGAUAUUCGAUGCAUGGAGUGUGGCCAGAUCUUUGACAGUGUGGAGGAACUGAAGAAGCAUGCUGGAACGCAUCAGAAAGUCAUGAAGUGCGCGGAAUGUGGAAUGGGUUUCCGGUCGUCGCUCAUGCUCAUGUCGCACAUGGGGGGCCAUGCAGCUCAGCGUCCAUGCCUCUGCAAAGAGUGCGGCCUGGGUUUCCCUCAUCAGCAUGCUUAUGACAGCCACCUUAAAACGUGUGGAUCGGUGAGCCCGCCAGAGGCAUCUGUAAAGAAGCCGAAACCCCCCAACUCUUCAAUGAAGAAGGAAGUUUCCAUCACUCCUAAAAGCAAAGUCUUCCGAGCUGUUACCCUAGAACCUCAAAAAGACGUCUCACAAAGUGCACCGUUGCCCUCAGCUGCUCCAGUAAGUAACCAGGCGAAGCCAUCUAAGAGUGCAUGGACGCUCAUCUUGAAUAAAGAACAUCUUCCUGGUAACGUACCUCUUGUCAUGUUUCUGCCGACAACCCUUCCUUCUGCCUCAGAGGGAAUCCAGAAUCCACAGACUCUCGUACCAUCUGCUGCAGUGUCAGAGAAACGCCUGUCAGUUCCACGUGUCAUUGACCUUCCCUUAGCUGCUACUAACCAAGUUAAAAAGUCGGACAAACCAGUUCUGUUACAAGGCAUAACUAGUCCUGGUGCGAAAGUUGUGAUACCUUUCACAACAAGUGCAGACAGUCCUAAAAUAAGAUGGACAGUAUUAGAUCAGCACAUGUCUGGUUCAGUAACUAACACACACACAGUGACAAGGGAGAACAAAACAGUGGUGGCUAUUGUUGAAUCAAAGCAGACCUUAAACCUGUCACAGGCACAUGAGCAGAAAGGGCAAGUUUCGUCAAGCCUGGAGACGAAGCCAAACCUACAAAGCUUGUCCACAGCCAGAUCACAUGAUCCAGAGACACCGCUAUGCUUAGUGAAGGUUAAGACAGAGCCCAACAGUCAGUACAGACAACAAAGAGCAUCAGCUCUCGAAGAGAGUGUCUCCUCACCGAAAACUGCUGAAGGGAGUGCUGACGCAGACAUCAGUGUUCUUGGUUCAGUAACGACGGAGGUCAGUGGUCUGUCAGAAGGUAAACCUGGCAUUUCACAGAUCAAAAAAGAACCUGUACCAUGGGAGGAAUAUGACGGCCGCAAAGGAUCACCUGACUUGAUAUCACCUUGUAGUGGAUCAGAUGUGGUGGAGGAGAACUUUUGUCAGUGUGAGAUUUGUGGUAUAGUUCUUUUAGAAAAAAACAUGAGCCGUCACUCUACAGAGCAUUCCCCCAUCUUGGAUUCUUCCUGUGUUUCUCGUCGUUCUCCCCCUGGUAGCCCUCCUUCCAAGAGACUAAACCUAGGCUGAUAGAACACUUAAUCAUGGUGAGCCAGAAAUGUUUAAUGAUUAUAACAGGUAGGAAACUGCUUGGUGUUGAAAAAUACUCUGACAUUCCUCUGAAUGGAUGACUUUGCACAAGUUUUUGUACUUAUUUUCAGAUGCGUUACGUACAGUGAUACGUGCCACAACACACAUUCCUUAUUAAUGUGUCGCCCAUCCUAAUUCGCUGCUUUGUGGAAACCUUUGUACUUUUAAGCUGAACACGAAAACUGUAUUAUUGCAUAAUUCACUUGUCCUGCCUAAGGCUACGUUCACAUUAUCAGAUUGAAGUGGCACAAAUAUGAUUUUUUUUGCCCUAAUGUGACUCAAAUCUGAUGUUUUCAAAUCCAACCCACUGAGCCACUUUCAUAUGUGGUCCUAGAUCGUAUCCGUAUCCUAUUCGUGGCCAUGCGGCUUUAAUGUGAGCGCUUGGAUCGGAAUUCAUGUGCUUUCUUUCCACUGCGCGUGUGCCAUCAUUCGGUGUUACUCUGGCAGCAGCGCUGAACAAAAGUGAAAGCCUGUGAACGAUGGAAAAGAAAACUUAGCUCACCCCUUGUCGACUUCGUCUUGCUCUAAUAAUGAAGCUGAGAGAUGAUCAGAGUUAAUUAUCUUCUCAGCGAAGCUCGUUCUGCACGUUAGUUUGUGCUGAUGAGGGACGUGACGUUACUGAGUAGGAUGUGCGCAUGCAGGUAAUUUUAGGACGCUGGUUUGUUUAUAUUGCUGACCGAUUUGAGUCACUUGCCUAAAGGAGUGUGAACCAUCCUGUCAGAGAGAUCGGGGUUGAGCAAAGAAUCAGAUUCAAGCAGCAAGGCUUGUAAUGUGAACGUAGCUGAUGUGUUCACUAUGUAAGAUAUGUGUCAAAUAAAAAAGGCAGUAGAUCAACAAGUAAGUGUAGUACAAAGCUGUUCAAAGGGAUUAUGAACAUUCUGCAUAAAACGUGUGACUUCAUUGUUUGUCAUUCAUUGAUGUCAGUUGGAUUACGGCCCUAGUUUUACUCAGAUGGGAGCCUAUUUUAACCUGGAAGGAAGUGACAUUUCUCUGAAAUACAUGUACUGUGUUUAGAUGUGUACUUCUGCUGUGAAAUUCUGGACAGUAACACUACAGCCAUGUUUACGUUUCAUGGUUUAUUCCAUUCGGGUCCGAAUUAUCAGGGUAAAUAGACGUUUUAUUAUUAUUGUUACCACCAUAAGAGUGCAGUUCAGCUGAUUUCGACUAAAAUAUAUAAUGAAAUAAAAUGAAAAUGAUACUAAA